GAGUGGCCGCUCUAGGCAGCGUGGAGGUCGCGGGGUUGAGAGGGUUGGGAGAAGAGUGAGGUUUCUCCUCUAUGGUCGCGGGCCCGGGGCUUGCCUCUCCUCAGUCAGUCCUCUGCUAUUUCCGGAAGUGAAGUGGCCGCCUUCUCCUCUGCUUCCGCGGGGGUCCGGGAGGCGGCCGGCGGCGGCCGGGUGGGCCCGGAGGGAGCCGAGUGAUUUAAUGAUGCUUUGCAACAGUCUAUAAGUCUGAAGCUUUCUGUGCCUGUGCAUCCCAGAAUUUGCUAAGAUAUGGAGGAGCCUCCGCAGAACGAUCUGAACACGAUGACCCACGAGAAGGAUGACCCUCUCCAGAGCACCAGCCCUCAGAUUUCUGUUAGUGAAUUUUCUUGCCACUGCUGUUACGACAUCCUGGUUAACCCCACCACCUUGAACUGUGGGCAUAGCUUCUGCCGGCACUGCCUAGCUUUGUGGUGGGCCUCUUCAAAGAAAACAGAGUGUCCAGAAUGCAGAGAAAAAUGGGAAGGUUUCCCUAAAGUCAAUAUUCUCCUCAGGGAUGCCAUUGAAAAAUUAUUUCCUGAUGCCAUUAGAAUGCGAUAUGAAGACAUUCAGCACAAUAAUGACAUAGUCCAGAGUCUUGCAGCCUUUCAGAAAUACGGGAAUGAUCAGGUUCCUUUAGCUCCAAACACAGGCCGAGUGAAUCCUCAGAGAGGCGGGGGAUUCUUUUCUGGAGUGCUCACCGCUUUAACUGGUGUGGCAGUGGUCCUGCUCGUGUAUCACUGGAGCAGCAGGGAAUCUGAGCACGACCUCCUGGUCCACAAGGCCGUGGCCAAGUGGACAGCAGAAGAAGUUGUCCUCUGGCUGGAGCAGCUGGGCCCUUGGGCCACUCUCUACAGAGACAGGUUUUUAGCGGAAAGAGUAAAUGGAAGGUUGCUUUUAACCCUGACAGAGGAAGAAUUUUCAAGGGCGCCAUAUACCAUAGAAAACAGCAGCCACAGAAGAGCCAUCCUCCUGGAACUGGAGCGUGUCAAAGCCUUAGGUGUGAAGCCACCCCAAAAUCUCUGGGAAUAUAAGGCUGUGAACCCAGGCAGGUCCCUGUUCCUGCUGUAUGCCCUCAAGAGCUCCCCAAGACUCGGUCUGCUGUACCUCUACCUAUUUGACUACACAGACACCUUCCUACCCUUCAUCCACACCAUCUGUCCUCUGCAAGAAGACAGUUCUGGGGAGGACACCAUCACCAGACUUUUGGAUCUUCGAGAGCCCACAUGGAAACAAUGGAGAGAAUUUCUUGUCAAGUACUCCCUCCUCCCAUACCAGCUGAUUGCUGAAUUUGCUUGGGACUGGCUGGAGGUCCAUUACUGGACGUCACGGUUUCUCAUCGUCAAUGCCAUGUUACUCUCGGUUCUGGAAUUAUUCUCCUUCUGGAGGAUCUGGUCAAGAAGUGAACUGAAGACCGUGCCUCAGAGGAUGUGGAGCCAUUUUUGGAAAGUAUCAACACAGGGGCUUUUUGUGGCCAUGUUCUGGCCCCUGAUUCCUCAGUUUGUUUGCAACUGUUUAUUUUACUGGGCCCUGUACUUCAACCCAAUUAUUAACAUUGAUCUCGUGGUCAAGGAAGUCCGACGGCUGGAAACCCAGGUGUUGUGAUUUGCACUGCGCAGGCCCUGAGGGACUCUUCCAGCCUCCUUGACAUCGGAGCAUUGAUGCUUGAGCAGGGGGGGCGGGGGAGGGAGCAGACUUCCUAUUUCUGCGCCUCAUGAACAAGGUGCUGCUUUGUCUGUCAGAGGCUCUAACCAGGUCCUCUCUCCCAUGCCUGUGGCAUCCUGGCAGCAGGGACUGACAGCCCAGAGCUCGGCCGACACAGCAACAGCACCUCCCAGCCAGCCACCCUCCUCACAGGGACUGCGGAGGCCCGCUCCACCACGGCUCUCAAGGACCGGGACCCCAGAGGAUGUAGUGUGGCAAUGGCAGAAGGCUGCCGCGUCAGUGGUCCCACUUGACAAAGGCUCCCAGCGCCAGUUGCAGCCUGAGGCCGAGCCCAAGACCCGGCUCGUUGGGGCCAGGCCCGUCCUCUAAGGCAAAUUUAGGAAAACCGGGAGAAGACUUUGUCAUAGGUAUAGACAGUUGCACAUAAAAAAUGCAGAGGAGAAGCCCCAAUCUGAUGGAUGAUUCUGUAUUAUUAAAGAGUCGCUAGAAGAUUUGUCAAGAGUUAAGCAUCUAAAAGGAUUCUCUUUGAGACUAGACUGGUGGUCAGACUGUCGUCAGGUUUUCCACACACAAUCGCUGCGAGUUUGGAUCCCUGACUCUGGGGUGGGGAUUGAGUAGGAUGUCAGGCAAUAAUGGAGAGUAAUUCAUGUCUGAAUUACUGAGGCUGAGCUGCCUCAGUGCUACUUAAAAUGAUUGUUGUGGGGUUGGUUUGUUUUGUUUUCAGGAAUUUAAUAUCCAGGAUAAUCCUUUUGUUCAAGGAAACAUUUUGUACAUUGACCUCGCACUGUAUAAUCUUACUGUCCUGUUCUGAUGUAUAAAACAGCAAGUAUAAUUACAGCAAGUGCUGUAAUUAUAAACAUGAAUGAGAUGAAGCAGGGCCUUUUCUUUCCUUCCAGUGUAAAGACAGCAGGUGUGAACAUGAGCCAUUGGAAGAUUGGCCCCGCGGAGGUAGGCUUGCAUCCACAGUGUUGUUUUGUGACUCCAUGAACCCUUCAUUAAUCCUUUGGACCUUUGAACAUUUCCCUCAAACUUUGCAUCCGAAAGUUUGAAGAUAUCACUUGAAAGUAAAAUAAAGAUUUUUAUAUAGAUAAAAGUGCUGUCUAGAGAAAAAGAGAAUUGCUUGGAAAAUGUGAAGAAAAUCUGCAUUGCCCCAUACAGCCUGCUAGUCACACUGAAGUGCCCCAGCCUGAUGUGAGAGCUGCCCUGCGGUGUCUAACGUAAAAAGGAGGGAGAGUGUUUUUCUUCCUCCUGUGCUUGGUCAUUAGGCCCCAGGGCUGCCAGGCCUUCCCCCUGUCACUGACCGCAUAGCAGGUCUGGGGACUCCAUGCACUAUUUGCACAUCCCUGGCCUGGUGCCUUGCACAGUUACUGUUCCUUCCAGCUGAGCACGGGGAGGCUGGUUGGCAUCGGUGGGGCUAGGCCCAGGCCAGACUGCCAGUCCAGUGCCCCCACGUGUACCCUAUGAGCUCACAGCGUUCCCCACCUCCUCCCCACAUCCUGCUUCAAGGAUGAGUGAGUAAUACCCACAUAUGCGUUGGGAAGGAGGAAGGGCAGACAGGCUGGGCCGGACUCUCGCUUCUUGUCGCCAGAGUGGGGACAGGCACAUUGAGAGCCGGGGCCACUGGCUGCCUGUCUCGGCCCUCCGACCCUCUCAAUCAUAGCAGGCUUGGGUACUCCAGAACGGGGCACUUAACUGAAAAUAUUCAGGCCCUUUGAUGCAGAAAUUACACUUCGGCAAGUCUGGUGUAAGAGAGCAAGAAUUCCUGUCCCCAUUCAAGGUCCUUCCAGCUGGACUGCGAAUCAAAUUGACAAGAGACAGCUCAGCGGAAAAUCAAACUUAACUUUGUAUGUACGGGGCAUCCACGCAGGUAUGGCAAUUCCAAAGAGGGGCAAAACGAGGCCAGAGGUCAUCCUGCACUAAGGUAGGGGUGUGGGCCGGCAGAGGGAAGGAAUGCAUUUCACAGGAAUGCAGAUGUUUGGUAACGAGCUGUUGGCCCUGCCGUGCAGAUGGGCCGCUCAGAUAAAACUGAUCUCUGGUACUAACCCUCAUUCUAGGGCAGACCCCCAAUUUAGAUUCUUCUAGGUAGUUAAAAGGAGGGGCAAAAGUUUCUCUUGAGCCCGCAGGGUCUCUGCUGCCUUCAGUUCAAAAUAAUCUUCAUACCAUACCUAUCUUGGGGCGGCCUGCCCUCGGCCAUGACACUGGGUUAAGGAACAAUAAAAAGGGGCAGUGGGGCAUAGCAAAGAUUUAUUGAUAAGCAGCCUCGUCACGUCAACAAUCGAUAAAAACUGGAAAUACCAAUACCCAAAAGUGGGCAAUCUAUAAAACAGUAUGUUAUACAGUUACUUAAAAUGAAGUUUCCAAAGGUUUUUUAAUGACAUCGGGAAAACCUUGAAGUCCUAUGCCAUGGUCUCAGCUGCAUUUUUAAUUACCACAGAAAACACUGAUGAUAGCUCACAGAGAUACUAAAAUUGGUUAUUCUGGA